ACUCAGGAUUCAAGCGAGUGCCAGGUCGAAACGUGGCUCCAAAUGCCCCGGGUCCUCCAACCCCACACACGAAAUCGCAAACCAAAACAAUCCGUAUACAUAUAUACAUAUACGUACACCCAAAUGGGAUACUGAAGGUGGUAGCGGUUCGUAUGCCAUGAAUAAAUUAUCGCCCAAGGAACCAAAUUCGCCAAGUGACCGCAAACCAAUUACGACACAUGACCAUACCGAUUUGAGAACUAAAUAAAGUUGGCAGCUUAAUAAACUUGGUUUGUUAAAAAAGUGGAAACAGGUAUACAAAAGUGGCAGUUGCAACCGGAGAAUGUGUGAAGAGCUGCCUCCAUCUGCCUAAGCAUGAACCGCUAUAUCACGCUGACCCAACUGGGAGAUGGAACCUACGGCACCGUGGUCCUGGGCCAGCGCAAGGACACCGGCGAGAAGGUGGCCAUCAAGCGCAUGAAACGCAAGUACUACUCCUGGGAAGAGGCCAUGAAUCUGCGCGAGGUUAAGUCCCUAAAAAAGUUGUCCCAUCCGAACAUAGUCAAGCUGAAGGAGGUGAUACGAGAGAACGAUACCCUGUACUUUGUGUUUGAGUACAUGAAGGAAAACCUCUAUCAGAUGAUAAAAGACAGAGAUACUCAUUUACCCGAACCGGAACUCAAGAGUAUUCUCUUCCAGGUCCUAACUGGUCUGGCCUUCAUGCAUCGUCAUGGAUUUUUCCACCGCGACCUGAAACCGGAGAACUUGCUCUGCUCCGGCCCGGAUCUCAUCAAGAUAGCUGAUUUCGGCCUGGCCAGGGAGAUUCGAUCAAGGCCUCCGUUUACGGACUACGUAUCGACGCGUUGGUACCGCGCACCGGAGGUACUCCUGCACUCCACCAACUACGGCAGUACCAUCGACCUGUGGGCCAUGGGCUGCAUCAUGGCCGAGCUCUACACCUUUCGUCCGCUCUUCCCGGGGAGUAGCGAGGUGGACCAGCUCUUCAAGAUCUGCUCCGUGCUGGGCACUCCAGAAAAGGACGAUUGGCCGGAUGGUUAUCGCCUGGCGAGCAUGAUCCACUUCCGCUACCCGGACUGCAUCAAAGUGCCACUGAGCAGCGUCGUCAGUCGCUGCAGCCAAAAUGGAUUGGAUCUGCUGGAGGAUAUGUUGGCCUACGAUCCCGACAAGCGUCCGACGGCGCAGCAGAGUCUGAAGUAUCCAUACUUUCAUGCCCUCAAACGGAUAUCGCCCACGGCGGCCACCAAGGCGAAUGUACGGCUGAGCUCCAAGUAUGCGGCCUCCAAUGGGCAUCCGGUACAGAGUGUCUCCAACAACGUGCUUCCGGUGCAGGAGAAGCUGCAGGCGGUCACAGAGUUGCUGCACCAGACCAACAACAACAUGAAUAGCCACUCCAAUCUGGGCAAGAAUAAUAACCUGGCGCCGAAGAAUGGCGGAGUGCCCAGAAAGUACCAACCGAAGUUGAGCUUCCUGACCACCAGUGAAAUGGGUGCGGGUUCGCAUGCGGACUCCUCCAGUCUAGGCGGAGGAGCCACAGUGGACGGAGUACCGGUGCCCCAGCACCAGAACGGCGCAGAGUCCAUCAACGACAUCUACCUGAACCGCAACAUCUCGCAGCUCUUCGGAUUGCCAGCGGGUCCGCAGCACCACCAGCAGCAGGUGCACCACCCAAACGUCUCCUUCAGCACCACCUCGUCGCGGAAUGCCGGCGCCAUCUACGUGAAUGGCAGCCACCUCAGCUACGACACGGCCAACAUGAAUGCCAAGAACAAUGCCAAGUUUGUGGUGGGCGCUUCCAAUGGUGGCUACUACGUGCCCGUGGCCAGACCAUCUCUUCUGGCUGCCGAUGCCAAGGUCUACAACGUGUUCUCCAAGGUCAGUGCCAGUCAGGCUCCGCCAAGCCUCAUCGUGCGUCAGCCGCAACUGCAGCCGGAGGUGGCUCCUCCGCCCAUGAGACUCUCUCACUCACGAGCGGCGGCGGUCCAGGACCCAAAGAUGGGUGCUCUCAAGUCUGACGAUCUGGACCUGAUACUGGGUUCCAAGCUGAAAACCUCCGCCAAGCGACAGCUCAAUGCCAAGGCGAACAUUCUGCUGGAGGAUCUCUUCGGACAGCUGUCCAUGGACUCGGACAGCGAUGGCAAGUAUCCGCACACGGUGCCGCCCACGCAGCAGGCGAAGAGCGGGAAGACGUCGACCGGAGGGCAUGGUGCCUGCGCCCGGGAGCGGGAUCUCUUCGGGGAGAGCUUUCUGCCCAGGCCGGGAUUGCGGAAGAAGGCCACCCAGAGCAGUCUGGAGGUGAACAACGGCAGCCACGCGGACUCGCUUGAUAACUCCUCCUCGUCCUCCCCCUCAAUUGAUGAAGAAUGUCGCUUUUGGCCCAUAAGAGCUCCAAACGCACAAAAGGAAAAGCCCGCUGUGGCGUCCAGUUUCCCCUGGGAUGAGUCCAACAGGACGGAGGACGAGAAGCUAACGGCUUGGAUGGUGGCCGAGAAUGGUAACUUGAUUUUGGGUAGUCACCAGCAAGCGUAGAAGUCGAGAGCACUCCCACAUCCAGCCACAAAAUGUAGUUACUUAGCGAUCACCCAAUUGGAGCUAUCAACUUGAAAAGCACAUCUAAAAAGUGGAGGAUCUGUAAUUUCUAAUAUCACACUAUAUCCUUUUCCCAGGAUCGCUGCUGGAGAACAAAUUCUGAGAUGAUCGACUUGCAAGAUGCCGUUGUACCUGAAACAGAAUGGAACUACUUUAAGUGCCUGUUGAUCUGCGUAAUCCCGAACUGAAUCUAAAUCCAUAUCACCAUCAUUGAAUCGGCGUAAAGAGCUAGUCUAGUUUCGAUAUAAUGUUAUUGCUGUGAUACAACUAAGCUAAACUAUUGUGUAAAAUUAGCCUACGAUCUUGAGUCUCGAGUGUAAGUUGUACUUUAAGCUACUCUAUACGAUAAUAUAAUCCGAGUGAGUUUUGAA